UUGAACAAGGAAUCAUAUUACUGCAAGAACUUUUCUGAAACAAAGAAGAAACAUUGAACAAAUGGGGAAUUAUAAAUCUAGACCAACCCAAACUUGCACUGAUGAAUGGAAGAAGAAAGUUAGUGAAUCAUAUGCUAUAAUCAUAGAGAGAUUAGAAGAUGACUUGAAGAUCAAAGAGAAGGAGCUAACAGAACUGAAGCAUGUCUUUAGCUCUGAUGAAGCCUUCAGCAAAGUCAAUUUAAAUUAUCGCACGGAAAAUGGGUUGUCUCUUCUUCAUUUAUGUUGUAUUUGUGGGGGUAACAAAUCACAUAUCCGAACUCUUAUGCUAAAAGGGUUGCGCCCAUCCAGGUUAACAAGAAAUGGAUUUACAGCUCUACAUUUGGCAGCUUACAAGGACAAUGCAGAACUUUUAACAGCACUGAUGCAUGGUGGAGCUGAUAUUCAGCAAGUUGGAUAUGGAGCACUUACUGCCCUUCAUAUUGCUACAAUAGCUGGUCAUCAUGAGGCUGUUGAUAUUCUCUUGCAGCAUGGAGCUUAUGUCAAUGUUCAAGAUGCAGUUUUCUUCACCCCGUUACACAUUGCAGCAUACUAUGGACAUGAACAGGUAACACGCCUCUUGCUGAAGUUUGGUGCUGAUGUGAAUGCAACUGGGGAAGUUGGAGACAGGCCACUCCAUUUAGCUUCUGCCAAAGGGUUUCUUAAUAUUACAAAUCUCUUGAUGGAAGAGGGAAGCAAGGCAGAUGUAAAUGCACAGGACAAUGAAGAUCAUGUACCUCUUCACUUCUGCUGUCGAUUUGGACACCAUGAAAUAGUCAAGUUCCUGCUCCAAAGCAAUUUUGAAGUUCAGCCCCAUGUAGUUAAUAUUUAUGGGGAUACACCAUUACAUCUUGCUUGUUACAAUGGAAAAUUUGAAGUUGUCAAGGAAAUAAUUCAUCUGUCAGGAACAGAAAGCCUGACUAAGGAAAAUAUAUUCAGUGAAACAGCUUUUCACAGUGCUUGUACCUAUGGUAAGAACAUAGAACUUGUAAAAUUUCUUCUCGAUCAGAAUGUUAUAAGUAUCAAUCAUCAAGGAAGAGAUGGGCAUACAGGAUUGCACUGUGCUUGCUACCAUGGUCACAUUCGUCUAGUACAGUUUUUACUGGAUAAUGGAGCUGAUAUGAAUCUGGUAGCCUGUGAUCCUAGCAGGUCUAGUGGAGAAAAAGAUGAGCAAACCUGUUUGAUGUGGGCUUAUGAGAAAGGACAUGAUGCCAUUGUGACCCUUUUGAAGCAUUAUAAAAGACCCCAGGAUGAGUCACCUUGUAAUGAAUACUCCCAGCCUGGAGGAGAUGGUUCCUACGUUUCUGUUCCAUCCCCUCUAGGGAAGAUUAAAAGCAUGACUAAAGAAAAGGCAGAUGUUCUUCUCCUCCGUGCAGGUUUACCAUCCCAUUUCCAUCUUCAGCUCUCUGAAAUAGAGUUCCAUGAGAUUAUUGGCUCAGGGUCGUUUGGAAAAGUCUAUAAAGGGCGAUGCAGAAAUAAAAUAGUAGCAAUCAAACGCUACCGAGCCAAUACCUACUGUUCCAAAUCGGAUGUAGACAUGUUUUGCCGUGAAGUUUCUAUUCUCUGCCGACUCAAUCAUCCUUGUGUCAUCCAGUUCGUUGGUGCUUGCUUAGAUGACCCAAGUCAAUUUGCUAUAGUUACACAAUAUAUUUCUGGAGGAUCACUUUUUUCCCUACUACACGAACAGAAGAGGAAUCUUGACUUGCAGUCUAAAUUAAUCAUUGCUGUAGAUGUUGCCAAAGGUAUGGAGUAUCUUCAUAAUCUUACACAACCAAUCAUACAUCGUGACUUGAACAGUCACAAUAUUCUUCUCUAUGAGGAUGGUCAUGCUGUUGUUGCUGACUUUGGAGAAUCAAGAUUUUUGCAGUCCUUGGACGAAGACAAUAUGACAAAACAACCUGGGAACCUACGCUGGAUGGCCCCUGAGGUAUUCACUCAGUGUACAAGAUAUACAAUAAAAGCUGAUGUUUUCAGUUAUGCUUUGUGUCUCUGGGAAUUGCUAACAGGUGAAAUACCAUUUGCACACCUUAAACCAGCUGCUGCUGCAGCAGAUAUGGCCUACCAUCACAUCAGACCUCCAAUAGGGUAUUCAAUUCCCAAGCCCAUAUCAUCAUUGUUAAUGAGGGGCUGGAAUGUGUGUCCUGAGGGAAGACCAGAAUUUUCUGAAGUAGUCACCAAGCUAGAAGAAUGUCUUUGCAAUAUCGAGCUGAUGUCUCCAGCCUCCAGCAACAGCAGUGGCUCUCUCUCUCCUUCCUCUUCUUCGGACUGCCUUGUGGCACGAGGUGGCCCUGGCCGCAGUCAUGUUGCAGCUUUACGUAGCCGCUUUGAGUUGGAAUAUGCCUUGAAUGCAAGAGCUUAUGCUGUUUGGUCACAAAGUGCUGGGCAACACCCCUCUCAAGGCCUGUCACUGGAUGACAUGAGGAGGAAUUUCCAGUACCCACCAAUUGACAAAAAUGGUUACGUGUCUGAUCCCAUGAGUACUAUGCGAUUUCAUUCCUGCAGUCAUAGUGGCAGCUUUGAAGAAAGCAGCUGACAGAGUAAACCAUCUACCUGAAGAGAGAUUCCCCAUAAACAACAAUUGAUAGCAACAAUUCUUACUAUGUCAGCACCGCUCCCACUCAUCAUAUGUUACACCAGAGAUCCCUAAGUUGGAGUGUUUAUUUACUGAUGAUGAACAUUUCUAUCUUAAAUUGUGCUGUAACCUUUUUUUCCUGCUGACAUACUUGCAGUUUCAUGAUGGAACACACCUGUCUUUCCUCGAUAAAAGCAAAUGUCCACAAAGAAUGCUGUUCCUUAAACCAGAACAUUAAUCAUCUGAGAAGAGGUUAACGUAAAAAAAUAAUAAUAACGAUAAUUUAAAGUUAUAGGAUUGUAAGGCAGGGGGCUUAGCCUGAGACUGCAGCAAAGCUUGUUGAAUGAUCAAGCCCUUCCCAACUAGUACAUGCAAAGUAACAACAAACCCAACAAAUCACAGUGAAUGAACAGCUUAUCAUUUCCUGAACCAAUUCAGCGUACAACACAACUGUGGUUCUGAUUGCUCUGUUGUUCUAAUUCCUAGCUUUGAAGCACUGCCUAGAUUUCCUUUUGGAGCCUAUAUGCAGGAAUUUCCACUUCUCCAGCCUCCCAGUCCCUGAAUCAGACUGCUGUAGCUGGCUAGUUCCUUGUUCCUGCAGUUCUGCUCAACGCCCCCAGUCCCCGAAUGCUUUUACCUACAUUAUCCGAGAUGCUUAGUUGACCAUACUAAUAGGCUUUUGAACAUUUUUCUCUUCAUUUCUGUUCUUUGUUGCAGGUUGCAUCCCCUUCCCUACACAAAUUACAUAGAAAUGCUCUCUAGUUCAGUUAUCUUACGUUCAAAGAAAAACAGAAACCAACUUUAAGAUAGAAAGUAAGAAAACAAGUCCCAAAUCAUGUAAGUUUAAUGUUGCCAGAUGGAAUUGUUGUCUCACAAAUAUAAUAACCUAAAAGCAAUACAACAGGUUACACUUUUUUCUCUGCAAAAGCAAAACUACUGGAUGGUGCCAUCUAGUGACUAAAACAUGCACAUCAUUGUAUUAGGCUUCCAGAUUUUUCACAGAAACUAUUUCCAUUAUUAAAUUCUGUGACAGAAACUUUAAUUACUGGAAAUCAAAAAGAAGAGGAAAAAAAGCUUGAGCUAUGUUUCUGGAACCUAAAGCAAAGUUAAUUAUGCUAUUAAUUAUUCUGUAUUUUUUUGGAAAAUAGCAAAAUGUAUUAGAGCUAGAUGCUGUUGUAAUAUUAUUUCCUAACUGCUUUUGAGCUGCCAGCUAGGCUAAGAAGAAACCUUGUACUCAAGACUUGUAUGCAUUUGCUUCUGAGAAUAUUACUCAGUAUGCUGAUUUCUCCUGGCUAUUGUUCUUGACUGAGCUCGCUGAGUAGAUACUGUAGCGUGCGAUAGCAUUUGAACUACAAAAAUGUAAUAUAUUUUAUGGACUCAAGUCUACCAUGGUGUUAAUUUCAGGAUCCUGUAGCAAUAAAAAAGGGGGAAGGUUUCAGUUGGAUAGGUUAGCAGAUGCCACACUGUUUUAUUUCAGUCAUCCGAGGUAUUCUGCGGGAAAACAAAAGUGGCAGAGCGCCGCUCCCUUGCUGUCAACCCGAAGGCAGCACCUGGGCAGCCUCUCUGGUUUUCAAAAGGCUGCACUUCCAUUUACAGAAACAAACCACUUAAGCAAAUGCAAAUGUUAUGAUUAACGGGGCAUCUUCAGGAGUUGGCUUGCCAGGAACAAAACUUGUCCAAAUAACAUUUCCCUCCACACAGAGCAGAAAGAAAGCUCCCCUCCCAGAACAAGAGCCCUACAACCCACAGGGCCUCCCUCUCCAAGCAUCUGGUCCUCCCAUCCCACACAUCCCGCACACCCCAUCCAGCAAGUCGUGGCAGCAGCUUUUUGCUCAGAACUUCCCACCAUAAGGCAAGAUGGCAUUAUUUGAGUGGUAAUUCCUGUGGUCCCAUGAAGGAUCACACUAAGCCAAAAUGAAGUUUAGGUUCACGAGUGACACCAUGUCCUUGGUUCCUACUGAAAAUAAUACAUGUUUUUAUGUUGAUUUCCAGAAGCAAGCUCUACAAAACCCCACUCUCACUGUUUAACACUUUUUGAAGACAUUUUUUUUUCUAAGCAAAAACCAGAAUGCUCCCACUUUCUUUUAAAUCAUUAAGUAGCCUCCAGAUCCUUCUGAUGUCAGCCAGCAUGCAUUACAUCUGCUGUGUCUCAACUGAGUCAGAGCCAGUUCUUUUGAAAGGAGAUUGCUAUCUUACUCUGGCACUAGGAAAACCACACAAUGCGGGAAUAUCAGUCCUAUGGAAAGGAGAGGGGAAUGCUGUCAGUGCCACAUUACCAUUGCUGCCCAAAUGGUCAUCAAGCUGAACUGCAGCAGUGGCAGCAUAAAACACUGCACAACCACCCCCUCCACCCCGUGUGUGACUCAAAAAGUGAAUGUUUGCUCUGGACUGUCCAACAAAGGAAAUAAUGAACUAAGUGAGGACCCACCCACCUCCAUCUCUUCAGCCUUAGCGAUGAGUCAAUGCCAUUGUGUGGGCAAUGCUGUAUAAGAUUACUAAUCAAAAGAGCACCAAGUCUUCAGUCUUGACUAUUGCAAGAAAGCUAUCAUUAAUAAUCAUUGCUAAAGGUUCUGCAACCAGCUACUAGCUUUGUUAUUGUACAAAGGCUUGUUGAAACCAGAAAUCUUCCCACUAUUGCUGAAGAGCUAGUGCAGCUUUGUUUGGAGCAGGUUGAGAGAGCACAAUGGUAAAAACUCAUGUGUGUGCUCUCUACCAGAUCCUAAGGCAGUACAAAAAAGGGGUGCAAAUGACUGGCAAUACCAAUGCAAAAAAUUGUUUAAGCAUAUGCAAAGCACAUUGUGAUCUGUUAGGUAUCUUUUGUGAGAGGAGUUGGAAGUAGAAAUCAUUGGCCAAAUCCAGAUGAGUGGAGCCAUGCGGUGUGGCGCUGUAGACACGUCUGCAGGGCUAUGUACCACAUGUUCAGUUGUUCUCCAUGCUGCAAAGGGUUGGGGGCGGUUGACCUCUGGAUAUACAUGGGUCAAAAAAAUGUGUGGGGAAAUAAAAGUGGGAUGGCACACACAGGGGCAGUGUGUGCCGCCCAAAACCGGAGCCUGGCCAGCCAGAGCUGCACUCUGGCUGCUGGCCAAGCUUUGCGUAGCCCCAGGAGGCCUCCAGGACCACAGGUAAUGCUGCUGGCCCCAGCCUCCCCUACCCCACCCACAGUAACCUGCCACACGCCAAAGGGUGUGUGGCACAGGUGUUCCCCGGGGACAACUAGCAGUGGCACAAGGUGUCCCUGGGGAGCUAAACAUCCACGUGUGCUAGGUGUCCCUGAGGAACCAAAUAUCCAUGUGUGGAUGCAGACAUUUACUACAUCCAGUUCCUGCAAGCUGCCAACGCUUUUAAAUAGGGUUGACAAGCCAAUCAAUUGACCAGUCAAAUACAGUCACUUGACAGGUCAAUUGACUACAUGUUAUUUGACUUGUCAAAGAUUAUAGCAACUUUACCAAAAACUACAUUAUUUUUGUAGUUUUCUUGACAGACAUAUUAUUGUUAUUGUUUUUUGACACAUUUCUUAAUGGAAAAUUUAUGCUUCUGUUUAUUAUCUGGACCUAUUGGCAAUUUUUUACAAUUUUUGACUGAUAUUUGACUGGUCAACUGACACCCCUCCCCCCACCAUCCAUUUCUAGACUGUCCGUUCACUUGCAACAAUGUGCAAAAGUGCCAUACCUGCAAACACUGUCUUAUUUCUGGCAGCCCCUUCUGUUUAUGGCACUAACCAAAAAUCAAAUGGGGUAAAUUUCAUAAUUUAUUUUCAUCAGGCCAUUGAAACAGCAAGGAAAAAACAAAAAUCCAGUUCCAGGACAACUAUUCAGGACACCAUUCAAUGGGGUAUUCAUAUGCAUAUAUAACUGUUCUAAUAGGACCAUAGUUGGCUAAAGUCCUUGCCAGGUGCUAGAGCUGAUCCACUUUACUUUUAUUUAGUUAACCCAGGUAAAAGGGAUCAAAGAGGAUUCUUCGUUCUUUGGGUCAUGAAUAAUACAAAAACAAACAAACAAAAAUAAAUCCCAAACCCCACAACCUUUUCAGCCUAGGUUUUGCAAUUUUUCCCCCAUGCUCAUCCUUUCUAAGGCCCUCUCUCUGGACAGAAAUACAAUCUCAGCCCAAGUGUUAUACUACAAGCCAAGAUUCCACUUUGACUUUCACUCUUUCCUUUUACUGGAAUGAGCUACUUUUGUUUCUGUGAAAAAGUAGCAGCAUUUCAUAAAGUGAAUACAAAGAAAAAGAAAAUGAUUCUCUUGGGGACACUGACUAAUGAAAGACCAAUGUUUGAUUAUACAGUAUAAGUGAUGAGGAUCAUUUUAGGCAUGAGCUAAACCUAGGAAUUAGGGCAGAAGAGAGAUUGGUUGUAGUCCUUUGAGAAGUCAGAAAGAUGUUUUGACUAUCAUUAUUGAUGGGAUAAGACAGUAAAUGAAUCUGUGGUUACAACUGAAAUUCAGCUCCUUUGUUUAUUAGUUUCCCUUUAGAUGUGAAAGUUUUCACAAAUCAUCACUAUAAUACCGUAUUUUUCCUAGCUUAAGAAAAUGCUUGCUGACCAUCCUUUAAUAUAGCAGCUCCAUUUGAAAGCAGGAAAUAAAUCCAGUUUAGAAACAGAAAGCAUAUACCAAGGAGAAUGGACUUUGAUUAUUUUUAAUAGCCCUAAAUGACUGUUAAUAUGUGUCCUAUCAUACUACAUUUGUUACCACUUUUCCAUAAUGUAUCAUUUGUAGACACUAGCCAGUGUCAGAAAAUAGUGUCAAAAUCUCUUAAAUGAAAGCUUGCAAUAGUUUGAAAUGCAAAGCAUUAGACAAGUCCUACCAGUUAAAUCCUUGCAAAGCAAACAAUUUUUACCAGUAAUUAAAAUAACUAGCUACUUGAAGAAAACAAUGUCUGUUUUAAUUGGUCUCCAUAGAAAAAUGUUAGGCCUUAGGGGGAAAACAUGUUUCAUAGAAGUGAUCAGUUAUUAAUACAAAUGGAAAUUCUGCAAAAUGUAAAUUACCAAUGAGAACAAGCUCCAAAAUUAUUUGCUGAGACUAAUUUAGUAUAUUGAUUUCCCAGGGAGAGCCAAGGAAUCCAGUGCAAUGAAAUAUUUAUAAAGGAUGAGACCCCGCUAAAAUGAACUAUCUUGUUUUUAAGAAUAUGUAGCUGCAGUAAUAUUCCUGAUUAUUUUUUGUGUAACAAUCAACUACUUAAUAGAAGAUCUACAUUAAAAACAAAGUCACCUACCAUACAAGGACUUAUCACAAAGUGCAAGCCAGAAAUACUCUUUUUACUGUAAGCACUGUACAUAUUCCAAGUAAAGGUCCAAAUGGAGUCACGGCCUACAACAUGCUGCUUGGGCUGAGAUUUUAUUUCUGCCCUGGCAUGAGAUGUAGCUUGACCGACGAAAAAAGUGGCCCUUAAAGAAAGUGAAUAAGGGGGAGGAAGAUUUUAAAAAAUACUGAAAAGAGGUAAAGAAGUUUGUUUUUUCCCACUGAAUGAUUCAUAGCUUAAAGGACCAUCAAUUGUUUUUACUGAUUUCAGACAACUCUGUUUCUGUCAUCUGAAAAGGUAGUAGUGCAGAAACAUAGCAAAAUUGAGAUUGCCAUAUUAUGCUCAUAUUUCUCAAAUCAUAGGCUUCUUGUACUCUGCAGGAGCUAGAUUUCAGACAAGUUUUUCAUAUAGAAUGUAUAAUUUAAAGCUUUUUUUUAAACACUAUUGAAUUUCAUUUAUUUAAUCUAUUGAAUGUCAGAUUUUGACUUUCAACUAGGUAAGCUAAUAAUAAAUAUGAGAUACAACAGUUACUGUCCUUUAACAUGCCAUAGAGAACAUUUAAUGGUUUAGAGAGAAGAAAAGUCAUUUAUGAUGAGCCAUAAAUUAUUUUUGCCACUGGCAACAUAAUUAUAUUGUUUAUCUUGCAUACGCUUAAUUUAAUAAUGAGUCUUUUUUGUACGUAUCUUUUGUCCCCUCUUCCAAUUUCUUCCAUUUUCAGUAGUUUUGUUUCUUAACAAACUUCAUCUUCCUAAAUUACAGGAGUAUUUACCAGACAUACCAAUAAAGCCAGUGGAGCAGGUUAAAAAAAUGUAUCAAAUACUAAACUGCUAGUUUCAUCUUGACCCAAGUUGUCACCCAAAAUUUAACUCAACUUCUCUUGUUAGUUUAGAAAUGCUUUGGGUAGGGUUGUCUCUUAGUAAAGGCACCACACUAAUGAGCAUUAGAUAGCCAGGCAGCCAGAAACUAGAGGAUUUCAUUGGUUAAGUCAGAACUUAGAAACUGUAAAAGUGUGUUUGGGGAUGUUACUUUAUAUUAUAAUGAUUUGAUAGUUGCACCUUAGUUUGUGAAAUAUGGCACUUGGUUAAAUAUAAUUGUUUAAAACUGAUAAUCAAGGAGUCUUUUGCCAUAUGUUAACAAUUGUAUGUAAUAAUGUAUAAUUCAUCAUCUUAAUUGCUAAAAAAUAAGAGAGUCAGAAAUAACAUUGCUAAGUAUUUUAUUUCAAUAAUAAAAUGUUUGUU